AUGGAUAAGUUUAAAAAAUGCAGAAAAAGAAACUUUAGAAGUUUGAAAAAAAGUAGAUUUAUUAAGAAAAGAAGUGGCAAAUCAAAUGAAACAAAUAGUAAUUCACAGAAUGAUUUCAUUACAAAUAUUAUUAUAAAAUAUUUGAAUAAUGAGAAAAAUGAAAAAAAAAAUAAUGUAGAUAAUGCAAAUGAAUUUAUUACAGAAAAUGUAACUGAAAAUUUGAAAGAAAAAUUAUUUAUGGGAAAGAAGAUUGUAGAAACUGAUUUGAUAAAUAACUGUUUAACUUACAAUAAAAAUGAAACACUGAAAAAAAUUAGUUAUAAAAUUUUGUAUCAUGUUAUGAAGACAUGCAUUGAUCAUGAGAAUGUUUUAAUGAAAAUAGAAGAAUUAGGUUUUACAGCUGAAAAUAUAAAAGAUAAAAAUGAUGAGAAGAUAAAUAUUUGUUCGAAAUAUAAAAUUGAUACCUUUUUUAAUUAUAUUUAUAAAAAUUUACAAGUUAUAAAAACCACAAAGAAUUUUAACCUUUUAUGUAAAUUAAUUAAUCUUAUAAAAUCAGUUAUUAUUAUUAUUCCAUAUAUAUAUAAAAUAAAAUUUUUGUUUUAUUUUUGUUCCAUCUUAAAUAUAUAUCAAAAACACUGUGAAGAUAAUGAUAGUACAAAAUCAGAAAAUGUAAAUACAAAAAGUAGAAAUAAUUCCAUACCUUUUAAUAUGAAUGAAGAGGAAUUUUUGAAUCUAUUUUUUGAUAUAAUUAACGAGUUAGUUAAUUUAAAGGAUAAUUACAAUAAUUAUGAUGAUAAUUUUAGCAUAUUUAAUUAUUUUAUUUUACGCUGGAUAUUAGUUUAUUUUAAAAAUAAAUACCAUUUUUUUUUAAAAAAAAAAAUGAAUUCUUUAAUUAAAUCAAAGUAUAUCAUUUUACUAUUUAGCAUACUAAAACAUUUGCAUGAAAGUACCAAUUUUAAUUUAGAACAAGGUGAUGAAAAAAGGAAAAAUAUGUAUAAUGAUGAAAGCAAAAUGGAAGAAUCAGAACAAGAAUUAAGUAAAAUAGAAAAUUUAAAUGAUGAAGUAAGUAAUUUUUAUAAAAAUAAAUAUUGUGGUGAGAGAAAUAUUUUAGAAAAUUUGUGCAUUAAUCAAAAUCUAAAAAAUGAAAAAAUAAUAAAAAAUAGAGAUUCAAUAAAAAAUAUGAUAGAAAAUUUUUAUAAUAAAGUAGAUAUGAAUAUAGAAAAAAGUACGAAAGAAGUGAAAGAUACUAUGAACACUUUAACUCAAAAUAUAUUUAUAACAGUUUUUAAUUUAUUUCCGAAAUGUCAUAUUUUACACAAACACAUGGUGUUGUUAUAUUUCUCAUUUCAUUUUUUAAAAUUAUCAAAAUACGAUUAUUCAUAUUUUAUUAUUUUCAAUUCAUUUCAAUUUCUAAAUAAAUUAUUAACAGUUCAUAAUUUUUUAAUUCAUUCAUUAAUAUUUUUGGCUAUUCAAGAAGUUCUGACCCUUUAUGAAAAUGUAAUUAUACACUUAUAUAAAGAAAAAAAUGAUUUAAGUGAAGAAUUUUAUCAAUUUUUUGAUAAGUUUAAUAAUAAACAUCAAAAUUUGUAUAUGAAUAUUUUAACAAGAGUUUGGAACUUGUACAUGUUAUUAAUUUCUGAUGAAUAUAUGAAAAAAGAAACAAGUAAACUUGAUGAAAAAAAAUAUCCGAAUAUUAACACUAUAAAAGAACAAAUGAAUACAACUAAUACUAAUAAAUUAAUAUCUGUAAUAAAAAUUAAUAAUUUAGAAUUUUCAAAUGAAUAUAAAGAAUUUUUGUUAAAUAAUAUAGAUGAGACAUAUAAAAAUAAUUUAACAAAUUGCUUAUCUAAAUCUUUUCGUAUUAUAGGUUUAGGCUUUUUCUUGGAAGAAUAUUAUUUUUUUUGUAGUAAAGAAUUAUUAUCAAAAGAUAUAUUUAUCUUAAAUAGAAUCUUUAAGGAUUCUAACAAAACAUAUUAUGGUGGUAAUUUUAAAUUUUUAAUGAACUUUUUUUAUCCAUUAUUAAUUUGUUAUAUUGAUUUAUAUGAAAAAGAAGAGUAUGCUAUAAAAAAACAGCAAUUUUUAACUUAUAUUAAAAAUUUAUUAAUUCAUUUUUCUUGCUCUUUAAAUGAUUGUAUAAAUUUAUACUAUUUCUUAUCCACCAAUAUUGAAGAUUUUUAUGUAUUAGCUACAAAGUUCAUUAACUGUAAUGAUUUUAAUUUGUUGCCUCUUUUUAUUAAUUUUUUCGAAAGAUUUUAUUUAUCUACUAUGAAAAUAAAACAGGAACAUAGCUUCUUACCAAAUUUUUCAGACAAUAAAAUGAAAGAUAUAAAAUGUAAAUAUACAAAUAUAAGUAUAAAAAAAAAUUAUUUUUUUUUAGAGCAAGUUACGGAUAAUUUAUUGAAAAUUUUAUUACCAAGAUUUAUUUCUAUUCUAUCAGUUAGUUUUGAAAAAAAGUUUUCAUUUAAUAAGGAGAAAGAUAACAACACAAAUAUACACGCGACUAUCGAAAAUUUUUCAAAUCUCAUACAUUUGUGUUUGCAUUUUUCAUCAAAUACAAAUUUUGAUGAAAUUUUAACUAUAGUAGAGCAACUUAUAUCAAGAAAUGAAAUUGAAAAAGAAAUAUUUUCAUUAAUUAGCAUGUUGACUGUCAUGAAAAUUUUUAUUCCUUUUUUUUCAUUCGAUCAAAUUAACAUGUGCUCAUUUUAUUUUAUAAAAUUAAUUCAAUUAAUAAACUUUAUUUUGAAUAAUAAACUCUCUAAUUUUAGUUUUAUAAAUACAGAAGAAAUUUUCAGUAAAAUAAAUAACAAUCAAAGUAAAUGCUGGAAUAAUACAAACAUAGAUCAAAUGAAUACUGUAACAGAUAUAAAUUAUAAUAUAAAUGAUGUGAAUCAUAUAAGUGAUAACAAUGUAAAUAAAUUAAAUUGUUUGAAUGGAAGUAUAAAUAAUAUUAAUACAUUAAAUAAUAAUAAUGUAAAUAAAUUAAUUCAUAUAAAUAAUGACAUAAAUGAUAUUAAUCAGUCAAAUAAUAAUAAUAAUAAUAAUAAUAACAAUUUAGGUAAUAUAAACAGUAGUGUAGAUUAUAAUAUAAGUAACUUAAACAAUUUUAAUGUAAAUAAUUUAAAUAAUAUAAAUACAAAUAUAAAUGAUUUAAACCAAUUUAAUAACCAAGAUAAAUAUUUAAAUGAAGCAAACAAAUGUAACAUUAAUAAUGUAAAUAAUUUAAAAAAUAAAUAUAAGCUUAAUGAUAAAAAAAAUAAAAAUUCGAAAAAAGAAAAGAGUAAAAAUAUAAAUAUUGGUAUUAAAAGUAAUUUUAUAAAGAAUAAAAAAAAGGAUUCGUUAAAAAAAGAAAAAUUAAGAAAAAUGAAAAUUAAGAAAAAUAUUAAAGAAGACAUAGAAAAAUUGAAAUUUACUAGAAUUUUAAUAUUUGACAAUGUUUCUGUUUUAUAUAAAUAUUUUGGUAAUAUAUUUUUAAAAAAAAAAAAGAUGCUUUUUAUCGAUAAUAAUACUAAAAGAAGAAAUAAUUCAAGAAAUGAACUAUUCUAUUUAAGUAACAAUGAACAAAAUAUUUUGAAUAAUAUAUACGUUGAUAACAAAAUAAUCGAAAAUAAAUUACCCCUAAUGAUGCAAAAAGAAAGUAUUUUCCUUUUUUUUGAGAAUAUACCUAAUUAUAAUAUAAAUAAAUAUAUUAAAAAGUUUUAUUUAUAUAUAAAUAGCUUAACAUUUUAUUUGAAGGAAUGUAAAAAUAUAGAUAUUUCUUAUUGCAGUAAUUUGUUUUUUGAAAUUUUACCAGUUAUAAUGAAGUCUUUAUUUUACAUAAAUAAAAAAUUUACAUCAAAAUUAAGAAAAAAUUGUUUAUUUGAAAAUAUAAUUGAAAUAGGAAUGACAGAUAUUAAAAAAUUAUUUUUUCACAUAACUCCUGGUUUGCUAUUAGAAGAAAACAAUUGCAAAAAAAUAGCAAUGUACAUUUUAUAUUUAUUAAUAAAAAAUUAUAAAAUUGAAUAUGAUGAUCAAGUAAAAUUAUUUGACAUAUGUUUAGCUUUAUCAAAUACAAAUGAAAAUAAUUUAUUAAAAACAUAUUUAAAAUUUCUUUUAUCUUGUAUGCAUAUUUUUAAUAACAACAUUAUUUUAAAUAACAUAAAUGAUAUAAUAAAACUUAUAAAUGAUAUAUCAUAUAAUAAAUCAUUUAGAUUUUUAGUUGAGAAAUUUCUUUUAAAAUUAAAUGGCAUAUUUGAAACAGACGUUUUAAAAAAUUAUUUGUCAAAGUUAAGUAGAAAAUUUUUUAAUAAAUUAAUAAAGAAAAAAAAUGAUGAAAAUAAUAAGGAAAAUAAAAAUAAAAGAGGAAGAAUAGAUAAGAAAAAAACAAAAAUUCAAAAUGGUUAUAUGUCUUCUUCAUCAGAAGCUCCAUCUUUUUUAUCGUACUCUUCAUCUCCAUUUAGUUCAGAUGAAUCAGAUAAAGAAUGUAAUUUAGAUGAUAUUAAGGAAGAACACACUAUAGAUGAAACUUUAAAAAAGAAAGAUAAAAAAAAUAUAUUAAUAAAUAAAAACAAGAGAACAAUUAAAUCAAACAGCAAAUCAAAGAAUAAUAAAAAAAAAAAAAAUGAAAAUAAAAAUUUAAAAAACUUUUUUGAAACAUUAAAAAAAUCAAGAGGGGAAAAAGAGACAGAUUAUAUAAAAUCUAUCUUAAAACAAAUUCUAACAAAUAAAAAAAGGGAGAGAAAAAAUAAGAACUAUAAACUAAAAUAUAAUCAAAAUAUUAGUAAUAUACUUAACAAUUUGCAAAAAAAUGUUUUAAAAAAAAAUAAAAAUUUAGAUUUAUCUUUAACUAAGCAAAAAGAAAUAAAUGAUUUAUUUGGAGAACAAUAUUUUAUUAAACAAAAUAAAAAUAAAGUAAAAAAAAAUAUAAAAGAAAAUGUUAGCGAUUCCUAUGAUGAAGAUAACUUUGAAAUAAAUAAUGAAGGAAAAAUAGUUAUACCUUUGGAAAAUUCAUCUUCAUACUUAAAGAAUAAAAAAAGAGAUGAAUUACUUAAUAAAAAAUAUAAAGACAUGAAUGAAAAACAAAAUAUACAUUCUAAAUUUAAGUUAAAUAGAAAAUCAAAAAAUCAUAAGAAAAAAGAUAUUUUUGUUACAGCAGACAAAAACCUAUAUAAAUCAAAGAAAGGAGAAGGUGAUAUUAUAAAAAAAAAUAAAUUAUUACCAUAUUCUUAUGUCGCUUUAAAACCAAUUAUGACAAAAGAUAAAUUUAGAGCCAAAACAUUACAUGCUUUUCGAUCAAUUAAAAAUAGUUCAAAAAGGAAAAAUAAAAAAAAAAAUUAA